ACUGGCCAGCAUCGCGACCCGAUAUGGGAAAAAUGACGAGCGUUCUUUCCCUUUUUGUCGCCGCUUGAAGCGAACACGAUAUACACAUAACUUGGUUUCUUUUUGCAAAUCGUGGUCUUACAUAAAUCCAUAAAUUACCCUGCUCCCCGUGGCAAAAUUAUUCUGCAUAUAGAAUCACCCCCGGAAAUUGAGGCACGACAAGCGGAAGUGAAAGCAACAGGCUGCAAACACGUUUUUUCCCAAUAAUUAGAAAUCCACGCUACUUUUUUGCCAUGCAUUUAUCCGGAUUUGAAAAAUGUGAUAAAGAUUUUUGCCAAAAUAUCUUAACCGACGAGGAGAAGGAAGAUUUUUACAAAAUGGAAAAUACGUCCUCGUCGUCAACAAUAACUUUGUCACCACCAAUCUUAUCAGUGAGGCGAGGACGACGAGGAGGAGGGAAAAUAAUUGAGUCUCCUUGUGCUCUAUUGCUAUGUGUGUGUGUCACCCUUCUGAUCCAGUCACCUCUGAGGACGUCGGCCCAUUUAGCGUCAUUCAUCAGCUCAGAAGGAAGACCAAAUCUUACUCAGCGUCCCAUCCGCGGUCCAACGGUACCCACGCUGCCGUACUUUGCACCGUCAUCCUCGGAGGUUUUGAGGCUGCCUGGUCUCACAUUUAUGGGGAGUGGGGGUUCCUCCUCCUCCGAGAGGAAAAUGUACUUAAGGAAUAUGAAUGAUCGCUCAUUUGCCAACGUCAACACUGGGAUCUCAACAAGUGGCGGUGGUGGUGGUGGGAACGAGGGCAUGCUGCUUGACUAUGAAGAUAAGCCCACUUUCGUACCCUACAUCGGCCCACGUGCCCUGAGCAGCGUGAAAGCAUACUUGAGACAUCUCCGAGACAAUUUGGAGGCCCUGCAGUCCUCGGAAUAUUCUGGUGGAGGUGGUGAAAUUGACUAUGAGGAGGAGCAGGAAGACGAGGAAGGUGACAAUGGUAAGAUGGACGAAGUUACCGCAUCUGAACGACGCCAACACCUCCAGAAUGAUAGGCAGCACUCGAGAAGACAUGUCAACCCGUCAGAAUAUUGGGGUGGCGUUGACUCUGAUCGCCCCAGAUAUCACCAAUGGACUCGGAACCCUUCGUCCUCCUCCCACUCGGACAGUUCCCACCAUGGACCAAACUUGCGUAAAUUUGUGGACCCACCACCCCCAAUAUUUCCUGACAGUUUUGUCAUUCGAAAACCCAUGGCCACAAAUUACAGUCCAUCCUGGUCUUACACGAAGCUUGGGUUGGGGAAACGUGCGGCAGGAUUGAUGCGACGACGACGACGAUGAAGAUGAGAUCGAAAAGUUACGAUGGAUCAAAAAUUAUGACAUUUAUGUAAAUUUCUUAUAUGUAUUAAGUUUACACAGCUAAUUGUAACCUACAUAAUUUUUACCGAAUUAUGAAAUCUAAUGUUUCCUAUUUGGUAGUUUGCUUUUGCAAUAUUACACAAUUAUCUUAUGAAACACCAACCAGUACUCAAGUCCUGGCCUAAUUUGCUGCUCCAAUUGUCUACUCGAUAAGCAAUUAUGUAUCUUAUUAAAUAAAAUAUUUCAUUAUUCACCAAUUUACAUACCAAAUAUUUAGAUAAGUAAGAAACAGUCCAAAACUAACUAGACAAAUUGAACUUUUCAGAGUUACUGCAUUUUAAUGCACGAAUUUUACUUUCGUUUUUGUAACACUUGAAAAACUAUUUACUCCAUAAUUACAUACCUAUUAUUACGCUACUGCAUGAAAAUAGUGAAAAAGAUGGUUGAUGGUAAACAAAUUCAUUAUUAUUUGGAACUCAUUUGCAAAAUCGAGUUUAUGGUUUAAAAAUAAAUAAAUAACUUACAAAUUCUGACUGAAAUUUUAAUUACCACAACUUUUCCGUGUACUUGUAUGUAAAACUUUUACUAACAUGA